AUGACGGCAACUGGGCAAAGCCUCAGGGACCCCAGUGACCUGAUGAGAAGAGUGGUUGCUCGUCAUAACAACAGAGUAAUUAGUCAACAGAUCGCUCAUGUUGACACUGAUUUCAGCAAGUCCAAUCCUAUCAACUACAGUAAACACUCAAUGUACUUUGGAACCUGGAAUGUUUUAUCUUUAAUCAGCUCAUCUUCACAGCUUUAUCAAUUCAGUCAGAACAUUGAUCACUACAGUCUUGAUAUUUUGGGUAUUACUGAAACUCAUAUGCCAGGAUCUGGAAGUAAACUUUUGGACAAUGGUAUUCUACUUAUUCAUUCUGGUAGGGGAGAUGGUAUCAAAAGGCAAGGGGUUGGCCUAUAUCUUUCCAAAAAGGUCAGGAACUCCCUGAUCUCUUAUGUACAUACAACAGAGCGGGCCUUAACAGCUAGGUUACACGGCAAACACCUCAACAUAUCUGUUGUUGUAGCCUACGCUCCGACUGACGGUGCUGAUGACGGAGAGAAAGAUCGUUUUUACAACGUUUUAUCAGACCCGUUUGGUGAACUGCCCCGACAUGAUCUGAAACUGCUACUGGGUGACUUCAAUGGAAAGGUUACUUCAAACAGAUAUGGAUUCGAGGGAGUUAUUGGUGGAGAAUCUCUCCAUAGUUCAUCAAGCGACAAUGGGACCAGGCUCAUGGAUUUCUGUGUAGCUAAUCAACUUGUUAUUGGUGGAACUCUGUUCCAGCAUAGAGACAUCCACAAGGGUACAUGGCGGUCUCCAAACGGGUUAAAUAUGAAUCAAAUAGAUCAUAUUUGUAUUAGUGGACGAUUCCAACACUCGCUACUCGAUGUUAAGGUAUGUCGUGUGGCGGACAUUGGUUCAGAUCACUAUCUUGUUCGUGGACGGCUGCAAAUCAAACUGCAGUCGGUAGCUAAGAUCACUGCUAAAAGGCACGAUGUGCCUGCUAUCGAACAACAUCCGUAUUCUGUUAUAUGGAACACAACAAAGAAGUAG